AUGAUCAAAGCCAUCUUCUACAGCAAAUUCGACACCCAGGAGGGCCCGAAGGUCGUCCACCAGGUCCCCGAUGGAGCUAUUGUCCCCUCCUCAACCGCGCCCGCGCAGCCCCUCUUCUUAAUUUUCUCUGACAUCUCGUUUUUCGUGAUCCCGCGCCAGGAGCUCUGCGGCAACCUCCUUCAGGUCUGCACCAAUGGUUACCGUAUUUUGGGAUACCCAAUCUGCAUGAAGUCCCCUCGCUACGACCGCAAUGAGUUCAUCUUCAACUUUUGUGUGGUGCUGGCCGAGGAGGAUGAUUUCAGCACCUACAAGAGUGUGGUGCAGAAGCUGGCCGAUAUGAUGCAUGCCCUGGAGGAACAGAAUGGGUUCUUGUCGCGAGAUUUCUCGAAGAGUGGCGAGGGCAAGGUAUAUAGUCUUUGCGAGAUGCUGAUGGAGGACCUCAACAACUAUUGCGAAUGCAUGAUACCCAUUGAUGAGCUCAACACAUUGAACAUCAAGUUGUUCCCUAUAUAUCCUUCUCCGCCGACUGUCAAGGCCUGGCAGGUCCCUCUGUUCACAGUGCGAUACCAUGCCUUUAUGGAUGAGAAUUGGGACCUGACAUUGCAACGGAUCGUACCCCAUAUCAACGGCAUUAAUAGCGUUCGCAUCAUCUCCAUCUUAGCCGACACCGACUUCUCCCUCACCUGCCGUGCAAUUCGACACCUACUAUACUACGGCUGCCUAUAUAUCCUAGACAUCUUUUCCUUCUCCGCAAUCUACGCGCCAACAGCACAAUUUAGCAACACAAUAGCCUCAGACGAAUCCAUGCAACUCGAAUGUGCACGCUACGUAAACACCUGCUUCGCACCACAUCCCGCCAUCGGCCCCCGCUCACCCCUCCCCCCGUCCCAGCUGCAGGAACCAGCGGAAGCAGCAGUAUCGGCGCCGGGCCCCUACGUAUCGCGCGACGAGUUCCGCUUCGACGCCGAAGAAAUCUGGCCCUUACUAGGCGACGAAGACACAAACGGGCUACCGUACACACCCGAAACACUAGACAACGACAUAGCACAUGCAGGCCUAAUCCCCAGCAUCGUCGAUGGCAUAGGCAUUGUCGAGCUCUACGCAAGCCUGAAACAGGGCCAGAGCGUUAAGCAAUGGUACUCCCAACACAGUCGCGAACUAGCCAACAUCGAUAUCCGCCGCUUUAUUACCUUCGGUGUGAUUAAGGGCUUCCUUUACCGCGUGCAUAAAUACGCUUGUGCAACGGGACAACCUGCAUCCGCGGCACGCUCUUCUUCUAUCCUUCCUGCUCGAGACUCGACUGGUCCGUCGUCUCGUGCUACAACAGGGACGAAUACGCCGUAUACUGCGUCUAGUGUGGGCGAAGACGCGCCGAUUUCAUCGGCAGCUCGGCGUGAGACGAGCCGUGAGCGAGCGGCCUCGUUUCAAAGUGGGAGUCGGACUGGAGUAGGAGGGAGCGGGCCGUCGGGAUUAUUUGAGGAUGACGAGGAAGAGAUUGAUGAUCGUACGUUGUCGAAGUAUCUUGACGGGACGCAUUGUAUUGAUCAGAUCUGCACGGAGCUGGAGAUUAGUGAGCGCGAGUUGACGGCUAGAUUGAAGCGGUAUCCUGGGGAGGUACUGAUUGUGCAUCGGUGA